GAAGGGCAACCCUCGCAGUGCCUCCAAUUUAGAACCACUGUUGCCUUCGUGCGAUCCUCUCUCCUUUUCGUUUGCCGCCGUACCACUAGCACUCGCCGUCGGAGAUGCCGAAACCCUCCGCGACGCCGAUCUCCGAUUCGUCUCUGGAGCCUCAGGAGGAGGGCGACUCCCGCGCCGCCGCCGGAGACGAUGACGGCUACGAGUCCCUCGGCGAGGACCAGGGAGAAGACGACCGAGAAGAUGAGGAGGAAGAGGUAGAAGAGGCAGAGGGCGAGGAUGAAGAAGAGGGAGACAUGGCAGAGGGAGGGGUGGAGGUGGAGGAGGAAGAGGAGGGCGACGACGGUGAGUUGGAGGAGGUGGAGGUGGUGGAGGAAGAGGCUGCGAUGGCAGGCGCCGAUCUGUCCAACGAAGACGAUGAUGAUAUUAGCAAAAAGCAUGAAGAUCAUUGUAAGGAGCUGAAGUCAGUUUCUUCCAGUCCUGCGAGAUCAUACAUCAAUUCAUCGAAUUCUCAUGUUAAGGAUGUUAGGGGUGGCAACCUUGACAACAAUCCUCCAUCUGAGUCUUAUAUUACUAAGGCAUCUGAAAUAAGUGAUGGUGGUGCCAGCCAGGAAACCCCACAAAGGAGACCAAGGAGUUUAUCUCCUAGUACUGAACUUGAGGGUGUGAACAAAAAGCCUGCAGUUAUUUGCAACUUUUUCGCCAGAGGCUGGUGCAUUAAGGGAAACUCCUGUAGGUUUCUUCACAAGAAAGAAGGGGCUGGCUGCACUAGCCAGGUUGCCAAGGAAGAUAGGACUACUAGUGGAGAUCCGGUUGAUUGCAAAGGUUCACCAGAAAAGUUUGAAAUAUCAAGUAAAUCUGCUUCAAUCGACUCGAUAGGCUUAUCAAUUGUUGAGAAUUCAAGAAAAUCAGAUGUUUCACCAAGUGCCCAUGUCCGGACAUAUGGUGGGGAGAUCCAUGGAUCAUCUCAGAUCAGGGAUGAUAAUAAUUUGCUUGCAUCAAAUACCUAUCCUAAGGAAUGUUUUCAAGGUAAUGUUCCGUUGACCGAUAGAACAUCUCAUCUUGCAGUUGAUGGGUUAAGGCAGAAGACAUUGUUCCAAGAAGGAGACCAAAGAACUUACGAGCUAAAACAUAAUCUUGAUUCCAUCGGUGAUAGACGCUCAUCUAGUGGAGAGUUUCUAUCAAGAGAUUAUUCAGGUGAGGGAAAAAUAUACAAGGAAGUGCCUGGAGGUGAGUCUCUAAGUGAUGGAUCAUUUUCAAGAGCAUCAUCUUUCACAAAGAACCCAUUAACUUCAAGAUAUGACUAUGUCUGUGGUAGAUCAUUCACGACAACUGAUGUCUACAGGGGUUGCAACAACACCUAUUCUUAUGAAAAAAUACCAGAUAGCUUUGCUAUACGAUAUCAACAGAGCCACUUUCCACCAUAUGAUUCCUAUAAUUCUUGCUUAACCAGCUCAGUUAGUUCAACCUUCAAGAAUUCUCUUCAUCUGUUUUGCGGUUCACCUUCAAUUGAAUCAGUUCAUCCAUAUGCUCAAGCGAGGACAAGAUUAGCACAUGGCUCUCCACCACUUGAUGCCAAACAACAAGAUAUUUGUAGAACACUCGACUAUGGUAGGGGAGUCGGUGCUACUACAUCUGGACAACAAAGUAUUGCUGGGGAUAUUCUGACGUUUUCUGACCAGAAAUCAGAACUCCAAGAAAAUACUUGGGAACCUUCUAUACCUUUUCGAUCAUCAUUUUGCAGUGCACGAGCAUUUAAAUCAUCUUCUGAAAUCCAAUAUGAUCCACUUGUUGACAGCAUUGAACCUCCCAAAGUAGGACUUUUAGCUUCAGCUUCUCCAAGAGGGAUCACAAACAGUAUGACAAGUCAACAUAUUGUUGGUUAUCCUAUACUAGGUGAUAUUGCUCCAGAGUAUAAUGUGAAAAAGUCUUUCGACACUUCUACUCCAGCCUAUGAAAGCAUGCUAGAUAACAAGAAAUCACAGCACGAAAUUUGUGGCUAUACAAAUGUUAUGGCUCCUGCUCCAGUAGCAGUUGAUGGGGGAGACAACAUUACUCCUAAGGGGGAAAGUCAGGUCCAUCAUUUGACUGAUGUUGCAUAUGUUGAUAAGACAGACCUUGUCCGUAAUAUGAGUAAAGUAGAUGAGGGAAAAGAGAUUAAGGAAUCAAAGGCAGUGAAAAAUUUCCGUACUGCUUUGGUAGAUUUUUUGAAGGAAUUGCUAAAGCCAGUUUGGAAGGAAGGUCACUUGAGUAAGGAUGCUCAUAAGAUGAUAGUCAAGAAGGCCUCUGAGAAGGUCCUAAGUGCAUUGCAACCUCAUCAAAUCCCAAGUGAUACAGAGUCAAUAAAUCAUUAUCUUUCCAUAUCGAAGCCAAAGCUCUUGAAGCUUGUAGAGGGUUAUGUGAACAAGUAUAGUAAAUCUUGAGUCUAUAGUCUCUGCAUGAGUUUAGUUUUGCACAAAUAUCUGCUCAUGGAUCUUAAACUAAAUUUCUGGUGGGCAUACUUAAAUUUCAUGGUCAAAACUUCUUCAAAAUUUUUGAUGUGGACAUGGAAGUCCCCACUGGACCACGUGUUUCUUUUUUGGGGUGUGGGGGGGGGGGGGCGGGGGGCGGCAAGGAGGGGAAGGCUUUUUUGGGUUGGGGGGCGGCAAGGAGGGGAAGGCUUGUUUUUUUCCUUGUCCAGACAGGUUUCACUCAGCAUCAAUUAGCCUUGUUUAAGUCUCUGUGAUUGCCAGUCUACUGUCUAUGACUAGUAUCUGCCUUGGAGUCGAAGGGUAUAUCUUGGAUGGAAUUGCUCUUAUUGCUAAGUUGCCGAGCCACCUCUGAGUUUGGUAAUCAACUUGUAUAACCUGGGAAGAGUUGUGCUGUAUUCACUUGGAAAAACAAACGCUGAUUGAUGAAGAUGAGGAGAGUUCCUAUUUGUCUUCAUUUUCUUUUUAGCUGCAAGCUUGCUUCUGUAUCUGAACCCUUGUUCAAGGCAUGUUAUACUACGAUUUCUUUCUUAUGUAUCCAUAUUUUGUUUGUCAUGGGGUACCCGAAGUGUAUAGCAUUAUUCUUUGUUCCCA